GCCAAGAGAAGAGAGCGGCAGCGGGCAACACCACCAGUCAGUAGCACACCAGCCUCCGUAUCGGCUUCACGCUUAACGUUUCUGUGACACUAACCUACUGAUCCUAUCGAAUUAGGAUAAAUUAUUAUCUGUGCAGUGUCUGUGAAUUUUGAUUUGUGCAUCGUGAGAGUUUCAGGCUAUAAUACCUCACAAUGGUAAUGCUGCGAUGACGUCCGAGCUGACAAUGGAGUCGAAGGGCACCCAGAUCCACCUGCCACUGGUCGGGCGUGGCAGCCGCGGCGAGCUGGGCGACAAGGUGACCUUCAGCCAGGUCAAGAGCCCGCCGUUCGCGGAGCAGCUCAACAAUGGACAAGUACUGGGUGGCUCACAAAUCAACCUAUGCAAUGGAGGCGCUGGCACGGCCGCGAUGACAGGCCUCGUCCGCAAGAUUCCCAACGGUUACGACCAGAAGAAGCCAAUGGCGUCCCUCACACAUCUGCCCAAACGGCCCCCCGUCGACAUCGAGUUCUCUGACCUCUCCUACUCGGUCAGCGAGGGUCGGAAGCGGGGCUACAAGGCUCUGCUCAAGUGCAUCAAUGGGACCUUCAGGUCUGGAGAGCUGACAGCGAUCAUGGGGCCAUCUGGUGCGGGAAAGAGCACGCUUAUGAAUAUUUUAGCGGGUUACAAAACUUCGAACGUCAGCGGAUCAGUGCUCAUCAAUGGAAAGGAGCGAAACUUGAGGCGGUUUAGGAAGCUGUCUUGCUAUAUUAUGCAGGACGACUGUCUUUUACCUCACCUGACAGUGAAGGAGGCCAUGCACGUAUCAGCGAAUCUGAAGUUAGGGAAGGACAUGUCUGUGCAAGCAAAGAAAAUAGUGAUCAACGAGAUAAUAGAAACGUUAGGGCUUGUAGAUGCGAGUGAUACACGGACGAUUAAUCUAUCGGGCGGGCAGCGCAAGCGUCUGUCCAUAGCUUUAGAGUUAGUGAACAAUCCCCCUGUGAUGUUCUUCGACGAGCCGACCUCUGGGUUGGAUAGCUCCUCGUGUUUCCAAUGCAUAUCGCUGCUGAAGAGCCUGGCGCGGGGCGGUCGGACGAUCAUCUGCACGAUCCACCAGCCGUCGGCGCGGCUGUUCGAGAUGUUCGACUUCCUCUUCACGCUGGCGGAGGGCCAGUGCAUCUACCAGGGCAAGGUCAAGGACCUGGUGCCGUUCCUGUCGAACAUGGGUCUCAACUGCCCGAGCUACCACAAUCCCGCUGACUACGUGAUGGAGGUAGCGACCGGCGAGCACGGCGACUGGGUGCACAAGCUGGUGAUGGCGGUGAACAAGGGCAACUGCGGCCGCGUGCAGCCCUCCGCCGCGCCGCAGAACUCCAACUACAACAACCAGGCCAAGAACAAUGUCAAGUCGCUGGAGGUGGUUAUGGACAAGCCAACCUGCACAGUAAUAGAUAUGUCAGGCCCAACUCCGAAUCCAGAGAAGCAGAACGUCCUUCCGAACUCCACCAACCUAGCCCCCGUGACGUGCACCACCUCCCUCCUGGACUCCAGCGAGAGCUUCACCAAGAAACCCAUCAAAACCGGCUUCCCGACUUCCGGCUUCAAGCAAUUCUGGAUCUUGUUAAAGAGGACCUUUAGAAGCAUUCUUAGAGAUCAAAUGCUGACGCAUUUAAGGCUAUGUUCGCAUACGGUUGUCGGGCUGCUGAUCGGGUUCUUGUACUACGAUAUCGGGUCGGACGCGGCGAAGGUUAUGAGUAACGCUGGAUGCAUAUUCUUCACUGUUAUGUUCACGAUGUUUACGGCCAUGAUGCCUACAAUCCUUACAUUCCCAACGGAAAUGAGUGUGUUUGUGAGAGAGCAUUUAAAUUACUGGUACUCUUUAAAAGCAUUCUACUUCGCAAAAACGCUGGCGGACUUACCCUUCCAGAUAGUGUUUAGCGGCGUAUACGUAAUAAUAGUAUACUUCAUGACGGGCCAGCCGAUGCAGACGGACCGGGUGUUGAUGUUCACCACCAUCAACAUCCUGACGGCGCUGGUGGCGCAGUCGCUGGGGCUGCUCAUCGGCGCCGCCAUGAAGAUCGAGACCGGGGUCUACCUCGGCCCCGUCACCACCAUACCCGUCGUCUUGUUCUCAGGGUUCUUCGUAAACUUCAAAGCCAUCCCCAGCUAUCUGCAGUGGAUAACAUACUUAAGCUACGUCAGGUACGGCUUCGAAGGGGCCAUGCUCUCCGUCUACGGCUUCGGGAGAGAGAAGCUCCACUGCUCAGAGGUGUACUGCCACUUCAGGAAGCCAGACACCUUCCUCAAGGAGAUGACGAUGGACAAAGCCAACUUCUGGGUAGACGUAGGAGCGCUUGUAGCGUUUUUCGUAUUCAUCAGACUCGUUUCGUACUUAGUGCUAAGGUUCAAACUGAAGAUGAUGCAGUAGGCACAAAUUUAGGCUUUUCUAAGGUACGAUCACUUUUCCAUUAACAGAUUUUGGAAUCGCAAAGUGUACAUUUUCAUUAGGUUACGCUGUAUUUAGACGCUUGGUCCAUUAUAGGCAACCUGCGGAUGUAGUGGUCGAUUCACCAAAGCUGUCGUGGAAACGGGCGUUUGAAAAAAAUAUGUAUACGUGGGAAUCUAACAAAGUUCUUGAUAGCGUUCACGAUAGGAUUGGUGAAUGUUGCUUGGUCGAGGUUGACCGAGCAUAUAAUGGAAGCCUUAAACUUAACGUUUGAAUGAAAUUGAGUACCUAGUUCUUUGGUUACGAGCGAAUUGCGCAAUUGCGGCCUAUUUGACUUAAUCCGAUCGUAAUGUACCUCGAUGUGAGAACGGUUCCCAACUCAAAUUAUCAAACUUAAUAAUAUUAAUAAGUUGACAUCAAUCGUAUCGAAAUAGGAAAACGUUAUAAUUAGAAUGUAUUUAAUGAAAAGUUUAGAAUAGUUAUCUAGUUGUCGACUCAGCCUUUAAAAGUAAUAUUAAGGCACGCAUGUUCCAAUAGUUUUAAGUAUGCGGAACUACCAUGAGUUUGUAUGAAACAUGUAAAAUAAUUGAAAAUAGAGUGGAAACUGUAUUCCAUAUCUAAUUUCUGCUCAAGUUGUCGUUCGUGUCAUAGUCUCGCUCAAGCAGUUCAAAUAUGAUCUUUAGCAUUGAUAAUUUCGAUGUGAUAAUUCUAUAUAAAAAUAGAAUAGGUCUGAAAAUCACAGGGCUAGUUUAUAUACUGCUAUAAAAUAUGGCCCUGUUAUGUAAAAAGUUAACAAAGAACUGCUACAUAGGUAUUACUAAUUCUUGAUAUUCAUGAAAUCGAGCUAUAAUUUCGACAAUUAUUCGUGAUCGCGGGUUAUCGAUGAGAAUAUUAAUUGCGAUUUGAUUAUAACUGUGCGUCAUACAGCUCAUGGCAAGUUUCCGGAUCGACUGUAGGUAGUUAGUUAGGUACAGUUAGAAGAAAAGUUAAUGUUUCCGUCAACGUUUUACGAUCGGUCACUAAAAACAAGUACAAUCAAACUCAUUACCAUUUUUCCUAUGCACAUCUAAGAAAAAACUAGCAUAUACUUUAGGUUUUAUGAAAGAAAGUUCCUCCGCUUGAUUCUUCAGAAUUCAGUCAUUAACCAAUUACUACAAAUUUAUUUUGACACAAUUCCUACAAUAAGCUCUAUAAGGCUUGUGUCGUGGGUACUUACACAAUGAUUAUACAACUACAUGUAUUUAUAAUACAGGACUCGGAAAUAAAUAUACCUAGUAUUCGUGCUGAUCAAGUCAUCACGCAAAUAAAUGGAUUUACCCAGGACCGCCAAAAAUAAUAUGCUGGGAUUAUUAUUGAGAAAUCAACAAAUACAUACGUUAAAGACGCACAGAGUAGCAGGCAUAAAUAUACUCUAUAUACUCUUAGCCUCAUCGGAUGGAAAGGGAUGACUGCCAACCUAACUGGUUCAGACUUUAUAUUUCUACAGAAAGUUACAGUUCUUCUUCUUCUUCCUCGCGUUAUCCCGGCAUUUUGCCACGACUCAUGGGAGUCUGGGGUCCGCUUGACAACUAUUCCCAUGAUUUGACAUAGGCUACGAAAACGACUGCCAUCUCUGACCUUCCAACCCAGGAAACUAGGCCUUAUUGGGAUUAGUCCGGUUUCCUCAUGAUGUUUUCCUUCACCGAAAAGCAACUGGUAAAUAUCAAAUGAUAUUUCGUACAUAAGUUCCGAAAAACUCAUUGGUACGAGCCGGGGUUUGGACCCGCGACCUCCGGAUUGAAAGCAGCACGCUCUUACCGCUAGGCCACAAGCGCACACAGAAAGUUACAGUUAUUCUCAUUAAAUAAAUAAUAUGUGAUUGUUAGUGACCGAGCGUAAAACAUUUUUUGAUAUUCGGCAGCAGCCGCCGGCUUGGCUUAGGUUAGGUUAGGAUAACGUUCAGUAGAUCGAAAUAUCUAGCUUAAAAUUAGUUUGUUAUCUAGGGGUUAAGUUAGGUUUUUUAGACCAUCGGGCCCAUGACUUAAUCCUAAGUUCACAACGCAACUUUGCACCAAAGUUUUGUAAAUUAUGUGUAGAAAUUGGUCUAAUCAUCAUUUUGUCGACUCUGAACGGGAUGUAGGUAUGUGAUACCUACUUAAUCAUUAUAUUCACGAUUCAUUUUAAAUAUAUAUUAUCUUGUAUUGAAAGGAGAGGACCUACCGCGAAACGUGUUGCUUCUCUGUCGCACUUGUAAAUUCAUACGUGACAGGGAAGCAACACGUGGAACGUGGUUCGCGGUAGCCCCUCUGGUUCCUGUGUCAGUUCGUUUGAUUUACGACAAUUGCUGAUGGAUGUAUGACAAUUUCAUUUUGUUAUGUUAUUAGUUAUAUUUUAGUUCAAUUACCUACUUUAUUAAAUUAUUACCGUUUAUAUUUAUGCCCUAUUGUAGGGUAUAUAUAUUUUUGUCACGCGAAUUUAAAAUGUACUUAUGUAUUAGGUACAUCGUUCAUCUGAUGAUCUCAAGUGAUUUCGACUUUACAAUUGUAUUGACAUGUGUACUUUAACUAAUUCUGUAUUCAUACAAGCGCAUCAUAAACACAUUAAAGACAACAAGCAAUAUAAAUAAAAGUUAUAUUAAAGCUAUAAUUUAUCUGUGUUAUAAUUAAUGUAUGUAACUAAAUAAGUUAGUUUUUACUUUACACUCCAGGCUAAAUUUACUCUAGCCGAAGGCCACGACAAAACCUUUCAAGCUAAAUCGCUCGAAGUGCUGGGAGUGUCUGCCACCAUAUAAUAUGCUAUUAAUAUGUUAUUUAUUUUUGAGGCCGAGGUAUAAGGCAAUUGAGCUGUGAGUGUAACGGGAAACUCAUACGUUUGAUAUUACGUUUUCACCACACUAGGAGAGGUUCUGUGAAAUUAUUAAAUGUAAAGAAUAUACGUGUAAUAUAAGUUGGGUUUAAAAAUGCAGAGACGGAAACAGGGGGCCUACCGCGAACCACGUUCGACGUAUUGCCUUCCUGUCACAUUUACGUACGAGUUUACAAGUGCGACAGAGAGGCAACACGGUGAACGUGGUACGCGGUAGGCCCCCAGAUCGGGCAAAUUAGCGCGCCAGUACCUUACCCUUCGCGCUUUGUAUUCCAAACCCAGUGGCGGAUUUGACCAGUAAGCCCGGGCCUAGGGCGGCCAGAUAUCAGGGGCGGCAUUCUAUAUGAUAUGAUGGGAGUUGAGAAAGGAGUGGUACUUAUUACAGAAUACCGGCCUGGCCACGACAUUGCGCGACUGGCUUCGGCUAAGGCUUACUCGUUCUCCUUAGCUGUGUCUCGUUCCAACCUAUGGUUUUCGCCUUAGCUGAAGCUAGUCGCGUUAGCCUGUAAUUCAAGGCUUGGGGCCUAGUGCGGCCUAGACUACAAAUCCGCCACUGUGCAAACCGCAUGCGGGCAAUUUGUAAUCUUUUCGCAAAUGGUCGCCAUGCCGCGCUAGCAUGCGCCAGAGCUUAACGAACCCUUUAAAUCAGCGGUCGGCAACCUUUUAGCAGCCAAGGGCCACAUAGUAGUUAACGGAGGUGACGCGGGCCAUACUUUGUUAAUAUUUAUGACUUUAUGAGACAUUGUCGUUUGUCACUAUUACAUACAAAAUAGCCAAGGUGGCAUUCGGGCCGCAAGUGACAGGUUCACGAGCCGCAUGCAGCCCGCGGGCCGCAGGGUGCCGACCGCUGCUUUAAAUGGUGCAUUACCUAAGAGCCUCUUAAUGACAACGUGUGCUGAGAAAUUAUUCGAUAUCGCGAAUUAAUUUUUUUUUGAGGGAGCUUUUUGAUACCUAAGCCUAAAGUUAGUUUAAUUUAACACACGGUAGGCCACUACUACGUACUCAUUCAUAUGUUUGCUAUUAAAAUGGCCAUAUUAACAAGUGCCAUUAUAAUGGUCGUUCGAAUAUCAAUGCGACGUAAUGAUACGUAAGUUCUUGUUAAUUUGGCCGUUUUGGUAAUAUACUAGAUUAAACUAGAUUUAAAGUACCUUUCCACAACGCUAACGGUUUUGGUAAAUCUCUAUGUCUAUCCUUGUAACCAGUAUUUAUUAAUUAUUAAACGACUGUGAUUUUUAUUAUA